GCGAUAGGUGGCGCUGUCCGUUGAGGCCCUCUGUUUCCCAGCCUCCUGCGCACCGGCCCAGGCUGCCCGAGUGCCACGUCCUUACUGUGGCGGCGGGCGGGGUGCGUGCGCGAAGCAGGGGGCGGCCGCCGGGCUUGAGCCAUGGGCUCGUCGCAGAGCGUGGAGAUCCCCGGCGGGGGCACCGAAGGCUACCACGUCCUACGAGUGCAAGAAAAUUCACCAGGACACAGAGCUGGAUUGGAGCCGUUCUUUGAUUUUAUUGUUUCCAUUAAUGGCUCAAGACUAAAUAAAGACAACGACACACUCAAGGACUUGCUGAAAGCAAAUGUGGAGAAGCCUGUUAAGAUGCUGGUCUAUAGCAGCAAGACUCUGGAGCUCAGGGAGACGUCAGUGACUCCCAGCAAUAUGUGGGGUGGGCAGGGGCUUCUGGGAGUCAGCAUUCGUUUUUGCAGCUUUGACGGAGCCAAUGAAAAUGUCUGGCAUGUGCUGGAAGUUGAACCGAAUUCUCCUGCUGCACUUGCAGGUCUUAGACCUCACAGCGACUACAUAAUUGGAGCAGAUACUGUCAUGAAUGAGUCGGAAGAUUUAUUCUCUCUUAUCGAGACGCAUGAAAGCAAACCAUUAAAGCUUUAUGUGUACAACACAGACACAGAUAAUUGCCGGGAGGUGGUUAUUACACCAAACUCUGCAUGGGGUGGAGAAGGAAGCCUAGGCUGCGGCAUUGGUUAUGGAUACCUGCAUCGGAUACCAACACGCCCUUUUGAAGAGGGAAAGAAAAUUUCUCUCCCAGGACAAUUGUCUAAUACAUCUAUUAGCCCAUUCAGAGAUGGCUUUACAGAGGUUCAGCUGUCAUCAGUAAACCCCCCAUCCUCGUUACCGCCUGGAACAGCAGGAACCGAACAGGGUCUGGCUGGACUCUCCAUUAGCUCAACUCCUUCUGUCACAAAUGUGCCCAAUACAGGUGUCCCUACAGUACCGUUAUUACCACCCCCAGUUAAUCAGACUAUUGCUCCAGUGCCACCAGUGAACACAGCUACCACGUUACCAGGGCUGAUGCCGUUACCAGCUGGUUUACCAACUGGGCUUCCCAAUCUGGGUAAUAUCCCAAAUCUUAACUUGCCUGCCCCACACUUAAUUCCUGGUCCUGGAUUAACAGACAUUGGGCAUCCUGGUUUGCCACCGCUUCCUUCCUUGCCACCUCUAAAUCUCUCUGGAAUAGCACCUCUGUCACCUGAAUUUCUUGCACAGUUCCCAUUGGUCCCAGAGGUCUCCUCUACCCCACCUGUUGACCUGCUUUCUUCCAUGCCCCAGAUGGGGAGCUUAUCUGCCAAUCCUGGAGUCACUGUAAGUGUGGAACAAACCUCUACAUUCGCCCUGGAUGCUACAGCCAGCCCUCCUGCUGCCAAGGCACCUGCCUCUGAAGACAGGGGAGAUGGCUCCGCCGUGCUCAAUGAAAAAUCAGCUCCAUUGACCACAGAGCCAGCCUCGACCGAGUCAUCAUAACUGACAGCGAUGGGAUUGGGCUUUGGUGUAUUUAUUCAGUGACAGGAUAAAUAUUUAAAAAUGCAAGCUAGCCUGGAUUUCAUGCAAGGCUUGUAUUUUGCUGUUAGGAUUCCUGUAAAUAUGCUCUGGGUGACAUCAUUAAAGAGGGCCUGGGAUUUUUACGAUGUACUUGGUGUGGGGAGGGGGAAAGUGCUUAUAUUUAAAAAAAAUAAAAACACCAAAAAGAAAAUAUCAAGGUAGAUUAUAUGCAGACUCAACUGUCAAAAUCCAUGGUAUUUUUAAAAAAUUUAAUCUGACUCUUGUAGUCUGCUAGGCCUCCUCGCUUACACUUUGCUCUGCCCCGCCUCCUCCCCACCCUUGAGUUUUACUUCUGUUAGGAAGAAGCAGUUUGUGCUUGGGGCAGUUGAAUAUCCUAUUUCUUGUACUUUGCAAGAAUGAUUAUCUUGGUAAAUACCUUGUGAGGGGGAUGAAGUGUGUACUUUUGUCUAUGUUGUACAUUUUAGCACUCUAAACACCUUCCAACUAAAGCUGUUUUAUUAAAAAUUCUGAGUGAGA